AUGUCCAAACAAAAAGGAAAAGGCCGCAAAGCAGCUUUCAACUUGGAUGGACCAACUACAGAUGGUACACCCAAACCGUCGGUGAUAGCCAAGGAGGAGGAGAAACAACCAACAACAGAUAGCCAGCAACUACUACGGCUACACCACCAAAUGGGUCACAUCUCUUUUGGGAAAUUACCAAGCAUGGCAAAGCAAAAUAUCAUUCCAAGAAGGUUGGCCAAUGCUGAUAUUCCAAGAUGCACUGCCAGUUUUUUUGCCAAAGCUACAAGACGACAAUGGCGGGAGAAGAGGAGAAAGCAUUGGACAAAGGAACAAACUAUCACAAGACCUGGAGAAGUCAUUUCUGUUGAUCAACUUGUCUUGCCUUCACCUGGAUUGAUUUCUCAAACAUCUGGCACAUUGACAAAGAAGCGAUACACGUACGCUACUGUUUAUGUCGACCAAUAUCCAGGAUUGAGCUUUGUUUACUUGCAGAAAACAGCAACCGCAGAUGAGACUAUUGAAGGCAAGAAAGCAUUUGAAGCCUAUUGCAAGCAACAUGCCGUGAGAGUUCAACACUACCAUGCCGGCAACGGAAUUUUCAGAGCACAUAAAUGGGUUGGUGAAUGCAGGAGGAUGGAGCAAGGACUUUUUUCUUUGCUGGAGUAA